CCACUCUAUAUAUAUAGAUUCUUCAAACAUCUCAUCAUAUCAUAUGUGCUCAAACUCUCCAAUAAACAUGGAGAUGAAGAGAGCUAAUCUUUUACCUGAGGUUUUGUUGCUGUUGCUUCUUACUUUCACCACCAUCUUUACCAUCGCUUCAGCGAAUUCCGACCAAGCAGAAACCUACAUUGUCCAUUUAAAUGCUCCUGAUGGUGUAACGUUUGAUAAACCCGAAGACCGUAGAGGUUGGUACAACUCCUUUCUGAAAGCGAGCACUGCCGACUCAGAUGUGAAACCAAGCUUGAUCCAUACAUAUCACAAUGUGUUCACUGGGUUUGCAGCCAAACUGACUGCAGAUCAAGUAAAGGCAAUGGAGAAUAUGGAUGGGUUUGUGUCUGCAAGACGCGACAUGGCGUACAAGCUGCAUACGACGCAUACUCCAAAUUUCUUGGGGUUGCAUCGGAAUCUAGGAUUAUGGAGUGGAUCAAACUACGGAAAGGGAAUCAUAAUCGGGGUUUUAGACACUGGAAUUACACCCGGACAUCCUUCUUUUGAUGACAAAGAUGUCCCUCCUCCUCCUGCAAAAUGGAAAGGCAAAUGUGACACUGCAGGGUGUAAUAAUAAGCUGAUCGGAGCAAGAGAUUUUACUAACAGUAGUGGUACCGGUUCACCGGUUGAUGAAGAGGGACACGGGACCCACACUUCGAGUACAGCUGCUGGGAACUUUGUCGAUGGUGCCAAUGUGAUUGGACAAGCAAAUGGCACUGCAGCUGGAAUGGCGCCGCUUGCUCACGUGGCCAUGUAUAAAGUUUGUGAUGAUAUCGGUUGUUUCGGUAGUGCCAUCUUAGCGGGUAUGGAUGCAGCCAUUGAAGAUGGAGUGGACGUGCUUUCGCUCUCGCUCGGUGGAGCUUCGGUUCCAUUUUAUGAGGAUGGUAUUGCGGUUGGUGCGUUUAGUGCUAUUCAGAAAGGAAUCUUUGUAAGUUGUUCAGCUGGGAAUUCUGGUCCAGUGAACUCAUCAUUGUCAAAUGAGGCACCAUGGAUUCUCACUGUAGGUGCUAGCACCGUCGAUAGAAGCAUAAGAGCAACCGUUUAUCUCGGAAACAAGGCCUUGCUUGAUGGCGAAUCUUUGUUCCAACCAAAAGAUUUUCCUCAAGACUAUAUGCCACUCGUGUAUCCUGGUUUGAACGGCGGUCAAGAUGCAGCAUGGUGCGCUCCUGGAUCAUUAAAAAACAUUGAUGUUAAAGGGAAAGUAGUGUUGUGUGACAGAGGUGGUGACAUAGCAAGAAUUGACAAAGGGCAGACCGUAAAAGAUGCUGGAGGGGCUGCGAUGAUUCUUGCAAACGGAGAGGCAGACGGGGAUACUACAGAAGCCGAUGCUCAUGUUCUUCCUGCAUCACAUGUUGCUUAUGAUCUUGGCGUUACAAUCAAAACAUACAUCAAUUCAACCUCAUCCCCGGUUGCCACCAUCAUAUUCCGGGGAACUAUUAUUGGUGAUGAUUCAGCUCCUGCAGUUGCUUCUUUCUCGUCUCGGGGACCGAGCUUGGCAAGUCCAGGAAUUGUUAAGCCUGACAUCAUCGGUCCGGGAGUUAGCAUUCUUGCAGCUUGGCCCGUAUCAGUCGAAAACUCGACAACGAAAGCAACAUUUAACAUGUUAUCAGGCACUUCAAUGUCAUGCCCACAUCUUUCAGGUAUAUCAGCACUGUUAAAAAGUGCACAUCCUGAUUGGUCUCCAGCAGCCAUCAAGUCUGCAAUCAUGACCACAGCAGAUAAGCUAAACCUAGGUGGCCAACGCAUCGAGGACGAGAGAGAUCUCCCUGCAAACAUCUUUGCAAUCGGUGCUGGACACGUAAACCCAUUGAAAGCCAGUAAUCCAGGACUGAUUUUCGACAUCCAACCCGAUGACUACAUACCUUAUUUGUGCGGUCUCGGAUAUACCAGCAAACAAGUUGGAGUCAUUGUGCAGAAACAGGUCACGUGCACUGAAGUUAUACCAGAAGCACAACUGAACUAUCCUUCAUUUGCGGUUACUUUAGGACCUGGUGAAAUAAAAAAUUUCACAAGGACAGUGACUAAUGUUGGUGAAGCAAAUUCAACUUACGUCAUAACAAGUGUUGCUUUACCAGUUGGUCUAGAUUUAGAAAUUGGUCAUGCAGAGCUCCAGUUCAGCGAAGUGAACCAAAAGUUGACGUAUCAGGUGAUGUUCAUACGUGACAAAGAACAGACACCGGAAGCUCCAUACGGGGAAGGAUUUAUGCUUUGGACUUCUGAUAAACACACGGUGAGAACCCCGUUCUCUGUCAAGUUCGUGUGAGGGGAACAACCAAAGACUUGAUCCCACAUUUUUCUAGUUGUUUGAGUCAUGUUCUCUGUCUUGAUUGUUUUCCCUUUGUUGUCCGUCAUUCAUAACGCUUGUUUUACUUCAUAAAUAGUCGAGUUUAAGUAUUGAACUCGUUAAUGAAACAAAUUAAGUUGUUUGUUA